CCUCGUCGGCCACCGUAUGAUGUCGUGGCGUUUACUACGGUGGGAAAUCGGCGUCACAACUAUCAGGCUACGGUUUAGUUUCGCUUCCAACCACAUUCAGCCUCCGUAAUUUUCAUCCACACCUCAAAUUCAUUCCGGGAAUCAUUCAUUUCAGUGGGUCGAGAUGAGGCGCGCCGGAAUGGGUGAAGGAAGCUCUGGACAUUAUGUACCCAGCGGCUACAGUGUGCAUGAGGAGGAAAAUGAGCAUCUUCAGGAGGGACUGAGGAACAAAGUCAGCGCCCUGAAGAGUCUGUCGAUUGAAAUCGGAACCGAAGUGAAGUACCAGAAUAAAAUGUUGGACGACAUGGACUCGGACUUUGACUCGACGGGCGGAUUGCUCGGUGCCACCAUUGGUCGAGUCAAGAAGCUGUCCAGAGGCAGCCAGACCAAACUGCUGUGCUACAUGCUGCUCUUCUGCUUCUUUGUCUUCUUUGUUCUCUAUUGGUUUAUCAAGUUGAGGUGAUAAGAGCUUCCGCUUGGACUUGGACCUUUAGUUCCACAUCGCUUAGUUCCUGCCUGAUGCAUUUCUAAACUAGACUGACCCAAUGGUGAUAAUGCAGAGGCAUGGAGUAAAAAUAGGAUGGUAUUCGAUGAUUCGAUGAUGUGUGCUCAGUUUCUGAGCCGCGGAAGGACGCUCAACUGUUUCUAAAAGUACAAACCGGUUCAUUUAUGUGAAAAAGACAUGAUGAUAAAUGAGCUGAAAUAUUUUGUACUCCUAAAGCCUUGCUAGUAUUCGUCUAUGACUCAGAAUCCUAAUAUUAGUGUUUAAUAUUAGGAUUUAAUUGGUAAUAACACAGUUAUGAACAAAAAUGCAAUUAGUGGAAAGAUAAUUUCACAGCAUAUGUUAAAAGUCAUUUCUGAUUGUAAAAAACACCCUGAAGAUGCAAUUUGAAAGAGUUUAUGUUAAAGAAUCAGAAGAUUUAUGAGAGCAAUAUUGUUUCUUCAGAUUACACGUAAAAAUGUUACUGUAAAUAAACACAUUUUAUGUUCUGAA